AGUCAUAUGUAAAAGGAAAAAAAAAAUACCCUGUGUGAAAAUCAAGUCCAGGCUUUGCUAUGUUAUGUAAAGAAUGUGAGCUUAUAGCAGUCUGAUCAUGUUAAAUCCACAAAAAAGAGUGUCCGUGAACACCGGUGGAUGAAAGAUGACGGCCUUCAAGGGAAUAUGGACAAGGCAAUUCUGGACCUCCAUGGCUGGAGAAUUCCUGGCAGUUUUCCUUUUUCUAAUUAUAAGUUUAGGAUCAACGACAGGGAUGAACAUACCUGGACCCAGUGAAGCCCAUAUUGCCUUCUGCUUUGGACUGAGCAUUGCUAUACUGAUUCAUUGCUUUGGACACAUAUGUGAAGCUUUCUUGAACCCUGCUGUGGCAAUGGCUAUGAUAUGUACCAGAAAAAUAUCAGUGGCCAAAGGAAUAUUUUACAUUAUUAUUCAAUGUGUGGCCGCUAUUGCCGGCGCUGGAGUGGUCGCUCUCAUUACACCACAAGAAAAAUGGCCGGUAGGAGUCACCAAGGAACAUGAUACUAUUUCACAUGGACAGGCUCUUCUGGUGGAAACCAUUAUCACAUUCCAGUUGGUCUUCACAAUAUUUGCUUCUUGUGAUAAGAAAAGAAGUGACAUCAAAGUGCCAAUUCCUCUCAUCAUUGGCUUGUCAGUCACCAUAGGACAUCUGUUUGCAAUCCAGUACACCGGAGCCAGCAUGAACCCAGCCAGAUCCCUCGGAACCAGUGUUGUGUUUGGCAAAUGGGACAAUCAUUGGAUCUACUGGGUUGGACCAAUGAUGGGCGGCAUUCUUGCCAGUUUUGUCUACGAAUACUUGUUCUGUCCAGAUCCUGAACUCAAACUCCAGAUGCGUGCUAGUUUCAGGAGAAGCCCAAAUGAAAAUGAAUCUGUGCAGCUGACAGUGAGACCAGGAGGAGAUUAUAACAAACUAGAGACAACUGCAUAACAUUAAAUGUUUUUAGUGCUGCUCGUGUUCUAGAGUGCUGCUUGCGCUUUUAUUUUUUUUGUAUGCCAAAGUGUGUAUGUAAUGUAGAAUAAGAAAUUUCUGAUUCUGCCAUUGGGAGAAAGAAAAGGUGAAAUGCUUGUGGUUAUUUAUUCUGCAAACCUUACCCCAUACAUAGUACGUCUUAUUCCUGUUCAAAUGUGAUUUAGUGAGAAUUUAUCAUUAUUAAGAUUUUGGAAUGUACAGUGGUCCCUUAAGUUACAAUAUUAAUUGGUUCCAGGACGACCAUUGUAUGUCGAAACCAUUGUGUC